AUGGAGUUUUUGCACGCUUGCAUAGAUGAAAUAUGCACUUGUAAUGGACCAACGUUCCAAAAAUAUAGUAACGUAGAUUGGACGAAAAAUAUGUUUGACGAGGUGCGCAACUUUUUCCUAACAUUUUUACAAAAAACAAAUUGCUUGUAUAUAGAGGAGGAAAAAAUGCCAUUAGAAUAUCACGAGCUUCCAGAACACGUAAGAGAAAUCAUAUUAAUUUGUCUGAGAAUACGCAGAUCUCAACUAACCGAUGCACUAUUGUAUAAAUACUCGUGUAGACAUUUGCCGACUUUACUCAAUUUUGAUUGGAGAUUGAAGUAUAUCAUGGGCUCGAGUAAAAUGGCAACGUUAAAAGAGCCAUUACUACAAUUAGAUCUUAUUCUGCAAGAGAAAGAGACUCGAGAAAUCUUUGAGAUUGAAUUAAAUAAGGACGAAUUGGAAUCAUUCAUUAAUACGAUUGAAAGCAUAGCGAUAUGAUUUUACUGUCAUAAUAAUUUUUUCAAACAUUAAUAUAUUAUCGUUGAAUUAU